AUGUCAUUCGCUGGAAGAUGGGAAACCGAGACCCAGGAGGGAUACGACGCCUUCUGCAAGGUGCUAGGCAUUCCAGAUGAUGUCAUCGAGAGGGGCCGUGACUACAAGUUGAUCACAGAGGUCACCCAGGAUGGCAAAGAUUUCACCUGGACCCUCUUAUAUCCUGCCAAUGCCAAGGUCACCAACAAGUUCACUAUCGGAAAGGAGGCCGACAUGGAGACCAUUGGAGGAAAGAAAUUCAAGGCUACAGUACAAAUGGAAGGAGGCAAGCUAAGUGUGACCUUCCCCAACUACCACCACACCUCUGAGAUCAGUGGUGGCAAACUCAUCGAGACCUCCAAAGCCGGCUCUGUAGUGCUGAAGAGAAUCAGCAAGAAGAUCUAACUCUCAUCUUUAACAGUUACAAUGGAGA